AUGCUCAGCCCUCCCGUCCUCCCCGUCAUGGAAGCCUUUGGCGUCGCUGCAAACAUCAUCUCGAUCAUUCACAUCACAACAGAAGUUGUCAAGCGGCUUAACGAUUUCAGAGCGACAACCGAGGGUCUGCCAAGGGCAUUGAAGUCACUCAGCGUCGAGCUUCCAACGCUGAUAAAUUCUUUAAGGCGCAUUCGGCAGGCUAUUGACGAUGGUAGGGUUUCUCAAGAAAGCCAGGAAGCGUUGGAACCACUUAUCAAAGACUUCGAACUUCAAAUUCAGGCUCUGUCGGAUAUCAUAUUCAAGAUGCGCCCGCGGGUCAACUCAAAUGCGUCUCGCAAUCUCAAAGCCGUUACAAGCUUUCGUUAUGACAGCGAAGUGAAGCACAUAGAAGGUGUAAUCAGAGGCUAUGUAUCGACAUUGACAUUGGAGUCUGCUAUCGCAGCUAAUAACAGAGGUGGCACAGUUUCACAGCCACUUCUGACGCCGAGAUUCAUCUGUCCUUUUGGCAAGGAUGUCGACUUCAUCGAGAGAUCUGUGCUUGCUGAUCUCCUUGUUUUGAGGGGACCUGGAUCGCGACAUGCGCUUGUGGGAGCAGGCGGCAUCGGAAAGUCACAGAUUGCAAUUGAGUACGGUUACAGAGUCCAACGAGACUUUCCAAACACAUGGGUUUUCUGGAUCGAUGCGGAGAAUAUUACGAAGAUGGAAGAGAGCUAUCGUGAGAUUGCCAGAAUUUUGCGCAUCAAUGGCGCAAGCGACAAGGACGCGGAUGUCUUUGGUCUCGUCUACGAUUGGCUGCGCAACGAAGCGAAUGCAACAUGGUUGAUGAUCAUCGACAACGCGGACGACAAGGACGUCUUCAACCGUCUACCGCCGAAAUACAAGGGAUCCGACCAGUCCAAAGAGAUACGAGAAUUCAUACCGCAAUCUUCAAAUGGCUCAGUCCUAGUCACGUCGAGAAGCCGAGACGCUGCUUUUCAGAUCACCUGCAAUUACAAAAACAUAAAGCAUGUGGAGCCAAUGAGUGAAGCAGAGGCAAUCGCGCUCCUACAAACGCAUCUAGAAGAUAGCCACGAAGAUGAGGACAAGAGACUACUUGUUGAGACUGUCGACUGCAUCCCGCUCGCAAUUACUCAUGCGGCAGCUUAUAUCAGCAGACGGUCCUUACCAAUACGCGACUAUUUACAAGAGCUUAGCACGAAGGAUGAGGAAGAUUCAAACGCCUUAGAAGAGGAUAUUCCACAGCUACGUCGUAAGGCAGGGCGUUCCAACUCAAUCGUCAAGACAUGGAGAAUCACAUUCGAGUACGUCCGCAAGACCAUGCCUUCGGCCUCUAGGCUCUUGUCGCUGAUGUGUCUCUUUGAUCGACAGGACAUUCCGGAGGCGCUUCUCCAGGGGCAAUACAGCGAAGUGAUACUUUCGUCACGGAACAUCCGCAAAUCAUGGUGGAAGCGACGGCCUCAUACGCGCCGAAAGAAAAUAGAGCAACAGUCGUUGUCUUGUCCUAAGAGCCUCCCUCGUGACUUUGAGGACGACUGGCUCGCUCUCAGGGAUUUUAGCCUGAUCAAGAUGAACAGGGACAGGAGGCAUUUCUCUAUGCAUCCGCUGGUGCAAUUCACGACUAAAAGGUGGCUCGUUCAACAUGAUGAGCUCGAUAUCUGGAGUCAACACUUCAUACGUAUCCUCGAUGAUAGAUUUCACGACUCAGAUGACGGUGACUUCAAGAGAUGCGAGCCUCUGAUCGCACAUGCAUAUGCUGCCAUUCCGUACCGGCCAUCGAAUGCUGCCAUACAUCCCUUACGUGCAUGGGCAUCGCUUACCAGGAAGAUUGCGCGUUACUACGACCAAAGAACCGGGCUUGAGAUAGCGCAAGAUCUUUACCGCGUUGCGGCUGAGGCUUUCGAAACUACAGGAGGUAAAAAGACACCCGAAGCACUCAAAUGCCGUAAACUGCAAGCACUCCUACUUUUCCAGACAGACAGAAAUGCGGAAUCGGAAAUUCUGUAUCGCCAUAUCUUACGCUUGCAGCAGAAAGCUCUCGGCCAUGGACAUCUCGAUACACUGGAUACCAUGGAUCGCAUAGGCGAUGUAUUAUCCUUUCAACGCCGUCGUUCAGAAGCCGAAGCAAUCCAAAUGCAAUCGCUCGAAGUCAGAGUCCGCAAGUUUGGUCUUGCGCAUCCCAGCACGCAAGAAUCCCUUACCAAGCGCGGCUAUUUUCUUCUAGCAGGAAGUCGCUAUAAUGAAGCCUACGUCACCUGGAAACAAGCCUCUGAAGCACGAAAUGUAGCACGCGAUACUAGCUGGGUCAAGGAAUUGGAUCUAAUCGGGUUGAGAUUGCAAUUAGAUGGUCAAUCCGCCGACGCGGAGUAUUAUCUAAGAGAGUCGCUUUCAGAGAAAGAGCGUAUGUUUGGCGAGGACAAUGACUCCACAGUGCCCGAAGCUGCUGCAACACUGGCACGCAUCUUACUUUCUCAAGAAAAGUACAUCGAAGCAGAGGCCCUGCUACGUCGUGCACUUUCUUGGUACGAUUCCAGCGAGUUUUACGAUAAUCCAGAGCGCUUCCAGACGAUGAGUGACCUCGCCCAUACAAUCGCACAUACGGACAAACUUGAAGAAGCAAAAGAACUGGCCAUAGUUUGCCUUUCAUGGCGAACUGAGAGCUUCGGCUCACAUGGUCGCGAAACUCUGGAGAUCAUGUGGAUACUAGCCGGAGUACUAGAGAAACAGGGGAGCUUUGUGCGGGCUUUGCAGAAGUAUCGUGAUACGUAUGAAGGUGCGAGACAGACGCUGGGAGAAGCGCAUGCGGAUACAAAAGACUACAAGCGUGAUUACGAGAAACUUGAGCAGGCUAUGUAUCAGAAGAGCUCGGCGAUAUCAGACGAGAACUGGGAUGCAGCGACGAUAAACUCUGCAUUCGAUCUCAGUAACGAGAAUACAGGUGCAGGGGCUCAGGAACCAGGUGCUAUGCUCUUCGACGUGACCGAAUCUGAGAAAAAAGGAUAUGAUGGCACUGUCAUAGCAGCUCGAUAA